UAUGAAUGAACAAGCAUAUCAUCCAAGUGUUUCCCAAAAGAUAGCUGGGAGUCCUCUUGCAUCAAGCAUUACACAACUCCAUGCUUCUGAUCACCAUGGUUUCAAACAACCAUAUCUAUAUCCUAGCAAGAACUACACAAAUGCUCCCUUUCAGUACCCAAUGCAGCCACAAUCUAUACUUCAACCAUCUCCUGAUGAUGUUCAAGAUCUACCUAAAAAAGGGUUAGAAAGGUUCAAGAUUGAUUUCCUUAUCGGUGGAGUGUCUGCAGCCGUAUUAAAAACGAUUUUUGCCCCGUUAGAAGGUUCUGUGCUCUUGAUCGAGAACCAGUUCGAGAUGAUCAAGGCCGGUCGGUUGUCUCAUAGCUAUAGAAGUGUUGGUGAUUGCAUUGCUCGAACCAUCAGAGAUGGAGGUCUUGUUUCAUUGUGGCGAGGAAACACCGCGAAUGUCAUUCAUUCCUUCACAAAACAGGGUUUGAGUUUUGCAUUCAAAGAUUACUUCAAGAAGCUUUUCAACAUCAAGAAAGAGAUAGAUGGGAAAUCGACAUCGUUUGCAUGUAAUUUAGCAUCUGGUGGUGCUGCUGGUGCUGCUUCUAGUUUCUUCGUGUAUUCACUCGAUCACGCAAGAUUCCUAUUGGAGAAUGAUGCUAAGGCUGCAAUGAAAGGCGGAAGAGGAAGGCAGUUUAACGGCUUGAUUGAUGUUUAUAAGAAGACACUAACCACUAAUGGUAUCGUUGGGCUUUAUCGCAGGUUUAACAUUUCGUGUGUUGGUGCAAUCGUCUAUUAUGGCUUGUAUUUCGGCUUAUACGAUACCUUGGAACCUGCCCUUGUCAAUGUUGAUCUUCAGGAUAGUUUCUUUGCAAGACUUUGCAUGGGUUGGCAUAUCACCAAUCUAGCUGGACAUGCGUCGUAUCCGAUUGAGACACUGAGAAGAAGAAUGCUGAUGACAUCUGGUCAAGCAGUUAAGUUCAAGAAUCCAAUAGAUGUGUUCUUUGAUAUAGUGAUGAACGAAGGGGCUAAGUCUCUCUUCAAGGGUGUAAGUUCCGUCCCAGCCCGAGCCAUUGUUGGUGCUGGUGUAAUCGCGGGUUACGACGGAUUGCAAAAGCUCAUCUUUGGCAAGACAUAUGGAUCAAAGGUUUACUUAGAGCAUGUUUUGUCUUAA